GAGGCCCCGCCCUCCGCCCACGAGGAAGCGCUGCGGGGCCAGAGCCGGGUCGGCGCGUCGACUGUCCAGAGUCCGCGGCCGGAGCGCCCCGAGGAGCUGAGCGGCCAUGGCGUACCACAGCUUCCUGGUGGAGCCCAUCAGCUGCCAUGCCUGGAACAAGGGCCGCACGCAGAUCGCCAUCUGCCCCAACAACCACGAGGUGCACAUCUAUGAGAAGAGCGGGGCCAAGUGGACGAAGGCGCACGAGCUGAAGGAGCACAACGGGCAGGUGACAGGCAUCGACUGGGCCCCCGAGAGCAACCGCAUUGUGACCUGCGGCACGGAUCGCAACGCCUACGUGUGGACGCUGAAGGGCCACACGUGGAAGCCCACGCUGGUCAUCCUGCGGAUCAACCGCGCCGCCCGCUGCGUGCGCUGGGCGCCCCAGGAGAACAAGUUCGCAGUGGGCAGUGGCUCUCGCGUCAUCUCCAUCUGUUACUUUGAGCAGGAGAAUGACUGGUGGGUGUGCAAGCACAUUAAGAAGCCAAUCCGCUCCACCGUGCUCAGCCUGGACUGGCACCCCAACAACGUGCUCCUGGCUGCUGGCUCCUGUGACUUUAAGUGCAGGAUCUUCUCAGCCUACAUCAAGGAGGUGGAGGAGAGGCCAGCCCCCACCCCGUGGGGCUCCAAGAUGCCCUUCGGGGAGCUGAUGUUCGAGUCCAGCAGCAGCUGCGGCUGGGUGCAUGGCGUCUGCUUCUCAGCCAGUGGGAGCCGCGUGGCCUGGGUGAGCCACGACAGCACUGUGUGCCUGGCCGAUGCGGAAAAGAAGAUGGCGGUUGCCACCCUUACCUCGGAGACGCUCCCGCUGCUGGCCCUCACCUUCAUCACCGACAACAGCCUGGUGGCAGCGGGCCACGAUUGCUUCCCGGUGCUGUUUACCUACGACAGCGCCUCGGGGUCGCUGAGCUUCGGAGGGCGGCUGGAUGUGCCCAAGCAGAGCUCACAGCGCGGCAUGACGGCCCGCGAGCGCUUCCAGAGCCUGGACAAGAAGGCGAGCUCCGAGGGCGGCGCGGGCGCCGGCGCGGGCCUCGACUCGCUGCACAAGAACAGCGUCAGCCAGAUCUCGGUGUUGAGUGGUGGCAAGGCUAAGUGCUCACAGUUCUGCACUACAGGCAUGGAUGGUGGCAUGAGCAUUUGGGAUGUGAAGAGCUUGGAGUCAGCCUUGAAGGACCUGAAGAUCAAGUGAGCUGUGGGAGGAACGCUGUCCUCGCUUCAUACAUGCUGCUGGGCAAGGGACCGGGGACGGGAGGCUGAGGGUGGCUUUGCUGAAUGCUUCUAGGUACCAGUAUGAGUCCACGCAGGGGAGGGGUGGGGGCUUUUCUUACCUAUUCAAAGAACAUGUACCUUUUUCUUUAAAAAGAAAUGCUUGCAUUUAUUGUAAAAAUGCUCCUAAAGCACAAUGCUGGUCAUGAACUGCUUCAGAAGGGAGGUAAUAAAUGUUACAAAUGUG